AUGGCUGCUCAGCAGGGGCUGCGCUCUACGGACCUGCGGGUCCUGGAAGACGCGCUGGGCAUUGGUCUCACGACGUCCGGGGACACGGUGGACUCGCUCUCCGCCGACGGAGCCUAUUAUCUGGAGCAGGUAACCAUAACUGAAACAUCUGAAGAUGACUAUGAAUAUGAAGAGAUACCAGAUGACAAUUUUAGCGUUCCAGAAGGUGAUGAAGAUUUGAUAAAAGCAGUUCAGUUGGUUCAAGAGAAGGUUACAGAUACUCACAUUUUGGAGCAGAAAACAGUUCUUCCUUCAAAGUAUCAAGUACCUGAAGUUAUAGAAGACUUUCUCUGCAAUUUCCUGAUAAAAAUGGGAAUGACUAGAACUCUUGAUUGCUUUCAGUCUGAAUGGUAUGAACACAUACAGAAGGGAAUAACCGAACUCAGAGCUUUUGGGAAUGUGCCAGAUGUGUAUACCCAGAAUAUGAUUUUAGAAAGUGAGAACAAAAUUUUGAAGAAAGACUUGAAGCACUUCAAAGAGGCAGCUGACAAGGCCAGAUCAGAACUGCUGAAAACUCAGAAGGAACGUGAUUUUCAUCGAAUGCACCACAAGCGACUAGUUCAGGAAAAAAACAAGUUAGUCAGUGACCUGAAAGGAUUAAAAUUACAUUAUGCAUCUUAUGAACCAACGAUAAGGGUGUUACAUGAGAAGCACCAAAAUUUACUGAGGCAGAAAAUGCUGACUUCCUUGGAAAAAGACAGAGCAGUUGGACAGGAGUCAGAAUUUGCCAAUGAUGUAGAACAAAGCACAAGUCUGAAUUUGAGUAAUGAAACUGUUUCUUCAAAACUUGACUUCACACUAAAUAAUGUAUUUAGAAUCCAUGACCUUCCUGUGAGCUGUGUUGUGAUGCACCCUCACGCUAAGCUCUUUGCCAGCUGUGGGGAGGAUCACCUCUGGAAAAUGAUUGAGAUUCCCAAUGGCAAUGUGCUUCUUAAUGGAUUUGGCCACACAGACUGGCUUUCGGACUGCUGCUUUUAUAUAAAUGGUCACAAGCUGGUUACUUCAAGUGGUGAUACUACAGUUAAAUUGUGGGAAUUAUCGAAGGGCGAUUGCAUCUUGACCUUUAAAGGACACGGCCACAUAGUAUGGUCCUGUUCAUGGGAUAUCUCGGGUGAUUUUGUGGCCUCUUCUUCACUGGAUGCAACUAGUAAAAUCUGGGAUGUGAAUAGUGAAAGAUGCAAAUGUACUCUGCAUGGACAUAGAGAAUCUGUGAAUACCAUUGAAUUUUUCCCUUGCUCCAAUAUUCUUCUCACGGGUUCUGCAGAUAAGACACUGUCAGUAUGGGACGUAAGAACAGGCAUAUGUGAGCACUCACUCUAUGGACACAUUCAUUCUAUCAAUGAUGCUACCUUCUCUCCAAUGGGUCACAUGAUAGCAUCCAGUGAUGCCUGUGGAGUUAUAAAACUAUGGGACUUUCGGAAGCUCUUACCAAUUGUGUCCAUUGAUGUGGGUCCAAGUCCCAGCAAUGAGGUGAACUUUGAUCCAAUGGGCCGGGUGUUAGCUCAGGCAAGCAGCAGUGGAGCUAUCCAUUUGUUGGAUCUUAAAUCAGGAGAAAUUCGCAAAAUGAUGGGCCAUGAAAGUGAGGCUCACACAGUCGUGUUUUCUCAUGAUGGAGAGAAUCUGUUUUCGGGUGACUCCGAUGGCACUGUUCGAAUGUGGGCUUGA